CAGCAUUAUUAGUUUAUCUAUAACAUACAUGAAAUAAAGACGCGUUUUCUGUAUGUUUCGUUAAAAUCUGCUAAUUAUUUGAAGUAGUUGAGAAGCUCUUGUUUUGAUUGUAACCCUGAUCGCACAGAACAUUUAUUUUAGUGCUUUUAUUUGGUGUUUAUAUUACUUGUGUGUCAGUUUAUUAACUUCAGGUGGAAAUAUUUGGGGGAGACUUCAAACUAUUUGAGGAUCUGGCAUUAUAACAUAGAAGGUAGAGAAGUGCUCAAAGAGGUCUGAAUCGAUGGAUAAUAUUACAGUAUGUCCUCCAUCAUGUGAUAAUUGGCUAUGUUGGAAUAAAACUGCCGCAGGAACUAACGUUUAUGCGGACUGUCCCAAAGAUAAAGGAAUUUUGGAAUUUGGUAAAGCUUAUAGAUACUGUACGAUUAACGGCACUUGGGAGACAAAGACUGACGAAGUGGGAAACACUAUUAACUAUACUCAUUAUGAGUCGUGCAUAUUGCCAGAAGUACAGGCCGUGACGGAUAUGUGUCUUUCUUUUGGGCCUACAGAAUGCGAAAAGAUAGGCAGAAAAACCAGAACGAUAGAAAUUGUUGGUUUAUCAUUAUCAUUCAUCUGUUUGUUAAUAUCACUAUACAUAUUUUUUUCGUACAGUAUACUGAAGAAUAACCGUACAAAAAUUCAUAAAAAUCUAUUCCUUGCCACAUUAUUCCAAGUUACAUUUAGACUAAUAAAGUACAUUGAUUAUGAACUUGAUAGCAAACAUUUCUUAUUAGACAAGUACCACUUAUCAGAAGCCUGUACAGUUUUAAUGGAGUAUGGAAAAACAGCAAUGUUUACGUGGAUGUUUAUCGAAGGUCUAUAUUUACAUAAUGUAGUCACGUUUACAGUUUUCCAAGAGUAUUUACACAUAAACUUUUAUAUAUGGGCUGGUUGGAUAUUUUCUGUUGUGAUGACGUUAAUUUGGUUAACUGUGAUGAUAGCCAUGAGAGUAAGCACAACGUGGACGUUUUAUUACUUCCUGCCGUAUUAUUGGAUACUGGAGGGUCCGAGAUCCUUCCUCAUCUUUGUUAAUUUGAUAUUUCUAUUAAAUAUCAUCAGGGUCCUCGUGGUCAAAUUACGUCAGAGUCGAUCAAGCGAAAUUGAACAAGUUAGGAAAGCCAUCAGGGCAACUAUAUUCCUUUUGCCAUUGAUGGGUACGGCACAUAUCCUGUUUCUACUGGAUUAUCAUUAUAGUGAGGCUUGGAAGUUCGCUCUGUGGUCGUACACAUCGUAUUUUCUAAAUACGUUUCAAGGAUUCUUCGUUGCUGUUUUGUACUGUUUCUUAAACGGCGAAGUGCAAAAAGCCAUCAUCAGCUGCUACUUUACCAGAAUGUCUUUGAGAAACAAUAAUUAUUCCCGUUGUCGACAAUUGACACUCACAUCUACCACUGGAGUAGUGGAUUGCGAAAGAAAUACCCUCACGGAUCGCCAGAGCUGGAUUGGUGUUUGUUGCAAUCAACCGCCCCAAUCUCCGGAGGAAAACGAAUUGGAUUUGUGUUCGAUUGGAGACAAGGGACAAAAACCAACAAUUACAGCUGACGUCGAGAGCGAUCCUUUUUUAAAUGUACCACUUCAAAGCAAUGGAAUUGUUUCACAACCGCCUGGAUAUCAACAGGAACGAUCUUUAUCAGAAACCAGUACUAUUAAGGCUUAAUAUAGGAUUUUACCUCUACUGUAUUGUUUAUUUUUAUAAUAUAUUUAUAAAUCAUUAUUUAUGAUUCUUAAAACCAUUUCGUGUGAAAUGAUUAUUUUGUACCUGAAUGUUUUCUUACGUAUUGUAAUGUUAAGUGUUUAUAUCUAAGUACUUAAUAAAUUAUUUUUUUU